GGCUUAGAGAACCGAAGCAAAAUAUCAAAUAUGAGUAACACCAUGUAAAGGGGACUUAAUGGAUUAUAAAGCGCGCAGGGGAUGCCUGUGAAUUGUAUUAAAAGAUAGAUUCUCCCGUCGAUCAAGGUAACAUUAUCAAUGAAAUUGCAGGCGGCUCGCUCUCAGCUUUGUAGAUUUCUAUACACCAACUAUCGUAUUGCAAACAUCAAUUAAAACCAGGUCCUUUGAUAAUUACCUAUUCAUGUACGGAGCUUAGAACCUGCCAAAAUGUCACCGCAGUCCGAAUUAUCAUUCUCUACCAAUACGACAAGCUCAAGGCGACCGUCCAUUGCGUCGGAAAAAACUCUAGUAGAUACACUAAGUAAAAAGGAGGAUGCCUCAGAAGAGAAAUACCAAGGCGGUAAUGAUUAUCGCAAGUCAUCCUUUGACGUUAAAACCCUGGCCAGUAGCAGUUCGCUCCCCAGCAAGAGUAAGAUGGGUAAAGCUAUAGAGAAGAUCAAGUCGAAGUUACGGGAGAAAGACACAACUUCUAAGCCCAGGGGUAGCCGACCUGCACCUGAUGGGUAUCCGGACACCCUAUACAUGUGGCGAUCAUUGGCUGAGACGAGACUUUGAGCGUAAGGAUUGAAAUGCUUGUUUCACCUGAGAAGAGAUGAAUUUCGGUAUGGCCUCAGAUGCCAUCGAAUCGCCCAAUGCCAUUCGAUCGCAAGCGGUAUACCUACCCUAAGAGUACGAAUUCAUAAUCGGCAUUUUAGGUAAUAGCAAGUGGGAGUCACCGGGAACAAGGGAAUUGGAUGUUAAGGAAUAACAACACCUACUGUCAGGUAUCAAAGGCGCUAUGGGUAAAGGCUGGUUAAUAACUUUCGAGUGAAUCUAAGAUAGGAUUGGGGUUUUCAUGUUUUUGGUACGGCGGGCACAAUCUUUAUAGUGAGUAAUUCGUAGUUUAUUCAAUGUCGAUAAUGACGACUUCGCCAUA